AUGGACGACAGAGCUCCAAACGGCCGGGGCACCGCCGACCCUUCAUCUGCCUCCAAGCGGGAUCCGGCGCUUCAGAGCCGGGUGCUGCGCCGCCGCUGCCUCCCGGUACUUCCAACACGAAACCUCCCUGUGAAAAUGUCACUUUUUCUUGAUUAG